GUCUUUCUCUGUCUUCCUAAUGGAACCAGGAGGAGAGUGGCUCUCCUCCCCCGCUUCCUGGGUACAUGCAGAAAACUACAGGUCCCAAAAUGCUUUGCUGCAACAGAAAUUGGGCGAUGACGCGCCUUCCUCCUAGUGCUCUGAAAUGGCGACUUCUAAGAGGAAACGUGGGAAGGGUGUGGCGUGUGUUGCUCCUGCGGGAUAUACAGCUAUUCCACUGAAAUUCUCAGAAAAGCAUCAAUCACUUCAGUAUCUCUAUGUGAAGGAGCACAAAGUCAGAGAGGAAAAAGAUCCUAACAGGCCUCCAAACCAUACCCUUUUCGUUCUCAAUGUCCCGCCAUAUUGCACAGAGGAAUGCUUGUCGAGGCUGUUCUCUGGCUGCUGUUCUGUACAGUCUGUGGAGAUGUGUGAAAAGCCAGUGCUGGGAGAAAAGCCAGAAGUACCUGAGUCCAAGUUCUUCAACACUAAGACAUUGCUGGGACUCAAGGUGGCCUAUGUGGUGUUCAAGAGUCCAGCUGGUAUACAGGCUGCUCGGUCCUUAUCAGUACAUGAGCCCCUAGUGAUAUCUUCUGUCAGUCACCCUGUGCAAACUGGAAUUCGCAAAUGGAUUGCUGGGUAUGCUGCAUCACUUGUAGAUCCUGCUGAGCUGAAGAAAGAGGUGGAUGCUUUCAUGCAAGCCUAUGACCAGAAGGUUGCUGAGGAAGAUGCAAAUGCUGAGGAUGAAGAUGGUAUCCCAGAUGAAGAUGGGUGGGUGAAGGUGACCAGGAAAGGUCGAAGGCCUGGACUCCCACGGACAGAGACAGCCAGCCUGCGGGUACUGGAGAGAGAGAAGCACAAGAGAGCACGCAAAGAGCUUCUCAAUUUCUAUGCUUGGCAACAUCGUGAGACUAAGAGGGAGCACAUAGCCCAGCUGAGGAAGAAAUUUGAAGAGGACAAGCAGAAAAUUGCACUCAUGCGAGCACAGCGGAAGUUCCGGCCAUACUGAAUCUCCGGAUGUUCCCCCCAAAAGGGGAGCCACAGUGAGAUGUUCACAGGCAGAAAGGUUUUCCUGGAGCUUCUUGGAAGCCAACCUGAAUAGCUGCUCAUUCCCCAUCACUGCCUUCUGAACUGUGACUGAUGAAGUGGGCAGCUGUCCUUGCUCAAACUGUGCAAUGCCUGCAGAUCACAGAUGGGCAAUCCUAUGAUGGUUCUUUGGACCUUGCUUCAGGGAUAUCCCUGACAAAGGUGUACCAGGGUGAUUUCUGAUGCUGUUGGCUGUGAGAUAAAACAGCUGUAUAUUUUAAAUUGUUAAUAAAUGUUUCUAUGGACUAAAA